AUGCACGCGGUGUGGAGCCUGUACCUGGCCUUUCGUUUGCCGCACGGGGGCGCCGCUCAGGGCGCGGGUAUCCUCUCUAGCUCCACGGCGUCUCGUUGGCCGGCGUCUUCCUGGCGCUUGGAGCGGUGGGCGGGCCCUCUAGCCCCCACAUCUCGAUGGCCGGCGCUGACCCCGCCCGCCUGCUCGUUCCGGGGCUCCCGGAGGAAAUGGCUGCGGGAUCCUAGAGGCCUGGGAGCGGCAGAGUUCACUCGUGUGAAUGGUCUCACGAUAACCUGUGUAGUCGUCAGUGAGCAGUGGCUGGCGGCAGCAGUAUUUGAGGCCUGGCUGUUUGCUUAG